AUGCAUCAAAAACUUGAACAACUAGUUCUUCUUGUUCUUGUUUUAAUAAUAAAAAUUAUUUCAAUUAAAGCUGGUGGACAACAGUGUCAAGCAAUAACUUAUCAUGAAUGUAAAAAUAUUGGCUAUAAUGAAACAGAUUUACCGAAUAAAUUUAAUCAUCAAGAUCAAAAAGAUGUUGCACUUGUGAUCAAUCAAUUUACAGCUUUAAUUGCUGUGGGAUGUUCAUCGGAACUGCGCUUUUUACUUUGUUCAAUCUAUAUGCCAUUAUGUCUAACAAAUUAUUUCGAAACAAUACAACCAUGUCGCGAAGUUUGUGAACGUGUUCGUGUACCAUGUGAACCAUAUUAUAUACGAUAUGGUUUUCUAUGGCCCGAUGCAUUAAAAUGUGAACAAUAUCCAUCAAGUAGUGAAAAUUCUAUUUGUAUGGAUCCAAAAAAACAUGAAGUACAAUCGAAGCCUUCAUCAAAAUUAUUGAUUAAUUCUCGUCCAUCACCACUACCAUCAUCUGCAUCAGUAGCAGUAGCAACACCAUCGUUAGCAUGUUGCCACUGUAAUACAUCAUUAGGUUAUCGUCGCCUUCAUGACGAUGAAUCAAAGAAAGAAUGUAGUCUGCCAUGCUAUUCGCCAUACUUUUCUGAUGAACAAUCAAAGUCAAUGAUGAAUCAAUGGUUAGCUUUUUUAAGUUUAUUAUGUGCAAUAUCAUGUGCUUUUGUUAUAUUGACAUUUUUCAUCGAUAUUACAAGAUUUAAAUAUCCACAGCGACCAAUUAUAUUUUUGGCAUUGUGUUAUUUUUUUAUUUCAUGUGGUUAUCUAUUACGAUUAGUAUUGGGACAUAAGAAUGUUGCGUGUCGAUUAGAAAAUCCGGACGAUCAACAAGCUUAUGUUCAACUUGUUCAUGUAUCAGGACCUUCAAACUGUACCUUUGUUUUUGUUUUAAUAUAUUUCUUUGGUAUGGCUUCAUCGAUUUGGUGGGUUAUAUUGACCUUAACAUGGUUUCUUGCUGCCGGCUUUAAAUGGUCAUCCGAAGCUAUUGCUCAUUAUUCACUUCAUUAUCAUCUUGUUGCUUGGCUUGUACCAUGUAUACAAACAAUAACUAUAUUGAUGUUAAAAGGAAUCGAUGGUGAUUCAAUAAGUGGAAUAUGCUAUGUUGGACAUACAGACUCAUCAAUGUUACGUCGUUUCGUUAUUAUACCAUUAAUAACAUGUUUAACAAUCGGAACAAUAUUUCUCUUAGGUGGUUUAAUAAGUUUAAUGCGUAUAAGAAAUGUUAUGAAAAUUCAAGAUCGAACAAAGACAAGUAAAUUAGAAAAAUUAAUGGUUCGAAUCGGACUUUAUUCAAUUCUUUAUACUGUACCAGCAACUUUUGUUAUUGGUAUUUAUUUUUAUGAACUUCGUUAUCGCGCAGCAUGGGAAGAAAAUUCACUUUGUAAUGAUUGUCUUAAUCUAUCGCAUUCAUCAUCGAUUAUUCAACCAAACUUUACAAUUUAUAUGGCAAAAUAUUUCUUCUUAUUAAUUGUUGGCAUAACAACAGGUUUAUGGAUUAAUUUAAAUAGUAAAACUAUCUUAACAUGGAAGAGAUUUUUUUGUCGAUGUCUAUGUUGUAAUGCUACCGAUGAACAUCAUCAGUAUCAUUAUGGUGAACAUAAUGGACAAGAUGCUUAUGGAAUAAAUUAUUCAUAUAAGCAUACAAAAAUCAAUGGAAGUAAAUAUUCACUUCCAUCAUCGAAACAAUUACCUUUAGUACAUGUAUAA